UGGGCCCUGGUCCCCGCGGAGGGGCGGGGGUGACCCCAGCCGCAGGAGGGUUGGGAAUAAAGUCAGGAAAAGGGAAGCGAGAGCAAGUGCUGUUUCAUCUGAGUCGAUCCCCUACAUGGAGUCAGAAGCCCCCGCGAGAAAUAGAGACAGAUACACACAAUCACCUUUAUCAGAUUAAAUUUGAAAUUUCUUUUGCCACCCAUAGUCAGGCUUAAAUUCUUUGGCGCGCGAGCAUGGCCUUUCACCGGCCGCCCCGACUUCCUCAGCCUCAUUUUCCAACGCUCCCUACUGUCUCUCCUAUCUUACGCACUUGAGGAGUGGGGACAGUGUCUCUCUACUGUGCUGCUUCACGCCUAACACCUGGGCUCCCGCUGCUCCUUUACUUGGCAUUCUUGUCACCUCUCUGCUAGAUGAACUUCUCUUUCAGGACUGAGCUCAGUCGUCCCUCUGAAAGCUAUUUCUAGCCCUCCAAGGGCAAAGUAGUCAUAUCUUCUGCUGUGUCCUUGAAGUGUUGGACCGGCCUCUGUUAUCAGUGGGGCUAGUACAACUCAGUGAGAGAUGACUGAGCUCCUAACAUUUACUAUGCCCGGUGCUCUGAGCCGGUGGACUGAGUUGAAUAGAACCAAGCUCCUGCCCUGAGGCACUCACAGACUGGGGAAACAGAACAGGCCUUGUCGGUCCUCUCUGUACCGACCUUACCUCUCUGCUGGCUGCCCCACUGAUGUACGGACUUACACAUGAUGAAUUGUGAACUUCUAGCCACAUGCAGUGCCCUUGGGUACUUGGAGGGAGACACUUACCACAAGGAACCAGAUUGCUUAGAGAGUGUGAAGGAUCUGAUUCGUUACUUGAGACACGAGGAUGAGACUCGCGAUGUGCGGCAGCAGCUGGGGGCAGCCCAGAUCCUGCAGAGCGACCUUCUACCCAUCCUGACCCAGCACCGCCAGGACAAGCCUCUCUUUGAUGCUGUCAUCAGGCUGAUGGUGAACUUGACACAACCAGCCUUGCUCUGCUUUGGUGCUGUGCCCAAGGAGCCUAAUUUUCGGCACCAUUUUCUGCAAGUAUUAACUUACUUGCAGGCCUACAAAGAGGCCUUUGCCAGUGAGAAGCCUUUUGGAGUCCUCAGCGAAACCUUGUAUGAGCUGCUCCAGCUGGGCUGGGAGGAACGGCAGGAGGAAGACAACUUGCUGAUUGAACGGAUCCUGCUGCUGGUCAGAAAUAUUCUCCAUGUCCCAGCCGACCUUGAUCAGGAGAAGAGGAUUGAUGAUGACGCCAGCAUCCACGAUCAGCUUCUCUGGGCCAUUCACCUCAGCGGCCUAGACGACCUGCUCCUCUUCCUGGCCAGCUCGCCUGCUGAGCAGCAGUGGAGCCUACAUGUGCUGGAGAUAAUCUCCCUGAUGUUUCGUGACCAGAACCCCGAGCAGCUGGCAGGAGUAGGCCAGGGGCGCUUAGCUCAGGAGCGGAGCGCAGAUGUAGCAGAACUGGAGGUGCUACGCCAGCGAGAGAUGGCAGAGAGGAAGACUCGAGCCCUUCAGCGAGGCAACAGGCAUUCUCGAUUUGGGGGCUCCUACAUUGUUCAGGGGCUGAAAUCCAUUGGGGAGCGGGACCUCAUCUUUCACAAAGGUCUCCACAAUCUCCAAAACUACAGCUCAGAUUUGGGAAAGCAGCCCCGAAGGGUACAAAAGCGUCGCCAGGCUGCCCGGGAGCUGUCCAUUGAGCGCCGUUCAGCCUUCAACGUGAGACUCUUCCUCAAAGACUUCUGUGCUGAGUUCCUGGAGAACUGCUACAACCGGCUUAUGGGCUCAGUGAAGGAUCACCUACUUCGGGAGAAGGCUCAGCAGCACGAUGAGACGUACUACAUGUGGGCCUUGGCUUUCUUCAUGGCCUUCAAUCGAGCUGCCUCCUUCCGGCCAGGCCUGGUUUCUGAGACCCUCAGUGUCCGUACCUUCCACUUCAUUGAACAGAACCUCACCAACUAUUAUGAGAUGAUGCUGACUGACCGUAAGGAAGCUGCUUCCUGGGCGCGUCGUAUGCACCUGGCUCUGAAGGCCUACCAGGAGCUGCUGGCCACAGUGAAUGAGAUGGACAUGUCCCCAGAGGAGGCCGUGCGGGAGAGCAGCCGCAUCAUCAAGAAUAACAUUUUCUAUGUGAUGGAGUACCGAGAGCUGUUCCUGGCGCUCUUUCGAAAAUUCGAUGAGAGGUGCCAGCCCCGCUCUUUCCUCCGUGACCUGGUGGAAACCACCCACCUCUUCCUCAAGAUGUUGGAGCGGUUCUGUCGGAGCCGUGGGAACCUGGUGGUGCAGAACAAACGAAAGAAGAGGAAGAAGAGAAAGAAAGUGCUGCAGGAGCCUGUGAUCCCUGGUGAUGUCCCCCGUGGCCCAGAGGAGCUGGAGGCUCUGUGGCCCUCCCUGGCGGAGCAGCUGCAGGGCUGUGCCCUGGAUCCUGACCUCAGCCUGGAUUCCAUGGUUCCCUUUGAUGCAGCCUCAGAGGUACCAGUGGAAGAGCAGCGGGCAGAAGCCAUGGUGAGGAUUCAAGACUGUCUCCUGACUGGCCAGGCCCCACAGGCCCUGGCCCUCCUCAGGUCUGCCCGGGAGGUAUGGCCAGAAGGAGACGUGUUUGGCUCUCAAGACAUUUCCCCAGACGAAGAGAUUCAGCUGCUGAAAGAAAUCCUGUCUGCCCCUCUGCCCCGGCACCAGGGGCCAGAGGAACAAGGAGCAGAGGAAGAGGAGGAGGAAGAGGAGGAGGAGGAGCAGGAAGAGUUGCAAGCCAUCCAGGUGUCGGAGAAGGAAUUCAAUUUUCUGGACUACCUGAAACGCUUUGCGUGCUCAACUGUAGUCCGAGCCUACGUGCUGCUGCUGCGGAGCUACCGGCAGAACAGUGCUCACACCAACCACUGCAUUGUCAAGAUGCUGCACCGGCUGGCCUAUGACCUCAAAAUGGAGGCCCUGCUUUUCCAGCUCUCAGUCUUCUGCCUCUUCAAUCGUCUGCUAAGUGACCCUGCUGCUGGGGCCUACAAAGAGCUGGUGACUUUUGCCAAAUACAUCCUGGGCAAGUUUUUUGCAUUGACUGCAGUCAACCAGAAAGCCUUUGUGGAGUUGCUGUUCUGGAAGAACACAGCCGUGGUUCGAGAGAUGACCGAAGGCUAUGGCACCCUGGAUAGUGGAUCAGCAAGUCGCAGAGCCCCUGCAUGGAGCCCAGAGGAGGAGGCCCAGCUUCAGGAACUGUACCUUGCCCAUAAGGAUGUGGAAGGGCAGGAUGUGGUAGACACCAUCUUGGCACACCUGAGUGCUGUUCCUCGAACACGCAAGCAGGUCAUCCACCAUCUAGUACGGCUGGGGCUGGCUGACAGUGUCAAGGACUUCCAAAGGAAAGGAACCCUAAUUGUGCUGUGGACAGAGGAUCAGGAGCUGGAGCUUCAGCGGCUGUUUGAGGAGUUCCAGGACUCAGAUGAUAUCCUGGGUCACAUCAUGAAGAAUAUCACAGCCAAACGCUCACGGGCCCGAAUAGUGGAUAAACUGCUGGCUCUGGGGCUGGUGGCUGACCGGCGGGAGCUAUACAAGAAACGCCGGAAGAAGUCGGCAUCCUCUAACUUGCCUGAUGGAGGGGAAUCCCUGAAAGAUUUUUGCCAGGAAGAUCUGGAAGAAGAAAACCUGGCAGAGGAAGACAGUGAAGAGGAUGAAGAGAAAGGAGGCGGCUUGGAAGCAGAGCAAGCCCAGGGCGGCUCAGUCCUUUCCGCUGGAGGCCUUGGGCAAAGCCUGCGGCAGGAAGGCUUUUCUGCUCCCCUCCUGUGGCUCCAGAACUGCCUGAUUCGAGCAGCUGAUGAUCGGGAAGAGGAUGGAUGCUCCCAGGCAAUUCCCUUGGUGCCAUUGACCGAAGAAAAUGAGGAAGCAAUGGAAAACGAGCAGUUCCAGCAGCUGUUGCGCAAGCUAGGAGUUCGGCCUCCUGCCUCUGGACAGGAAACCUUCUGGCGAAUUCCUGCCAAGCUGAGUCCCACCCGGCUUCGGCAGGUAGCAGCUUCUUUGAGUCAAGUGGAGGAGGAGGAAGAGCUUCAGCCAGGGCUGGACCCUGGAGAGCAAUGCCCUGCAGAGGAAUACCGAGCACAAGCCCUCAAGGCACUCAUGGUGGCCCGGAAAAAGAAAGCAGGCCUGGUAACCCCAGCAGUCAUCCCAGAGGAAGGGCCUGCUGCUGGGAAAGACCAGCUGAAAGCGGCUCCCAAGAAGCGACACCUGCUGGACAGUGACGAUGAGCAGGAGGAAGAGGGGGACGGGAGCAAAGCAGAGUUGAGAGCUCCAGGCAUCCAGAAGAAGAAACGGUUUCAGAUUGAGGAUGAAGAUGAAAAUGACUGACAAACCAGAAGCCUGGGGACAGAGACGGAGUCAUAUUUAGAUGAAGAAUUUAAAUUUGAGCUGGGAGGUGAUGCAUGACCCAGACACUCCUCUCACUGGACAGAAGCCAUUUGAGUCCUAGACUUCCCAUGGAUUUAGGGUCUGGGAAGUUUCGGUGACAGCAUCGGACACCACUGUAGUCACUUCUUACUUCCCCCAGUUUUCUCAGUAUGUCUGAGCAGCUCUCUGAAGACUUAUUCUUCUAGCAACUGUCUCUUUGGGUUAUUAGCCCUCUUUAGCAAGUGAGAGGAGUAGGUGAAAUACAGAAGUCUGUUCCUUUUGGCCCCUUGGGAGGUGCCUACCAGCACGAGAUGGUGGGCCUUUAUGACACAGUGGGUGAGGAUUUGCACCAUUUUCUAAAGGCAACAGAUGCCCCCACCCUCCUUUUCAUUUCUGUGAUCACCCCUAAGUUGAUCUAAAUUGCUGCAGUCAAGAUAGGGUGGGACUGCAGCGCUCUCCAGAUGGUGAAUGUAUUGGAUUUGUGUUUGGUAUUAAAUUAAACACGUAAAAUUAAAAGUUGUCAAUGUUGAUAUGACUUGCCAGUCUAAGUACCCCAGCCCUCUACCUGCUGUGUUCUUGGAAGAAGAACUAAUUGUUAACUAUUACAGUUAAAAGGGACUGCUAGCCUUUCCUUCUUUUUUCUGCUUUUGCUACUGAAGACACACAAAAGUAUUUAUACAUACAAGAACUAGGGUACAGGCCAGAGGUGUGGGGGUGAAAGGAUUCACCAGAGACAGAGCAGGGAACAG